CGCAUGUCGUGCAACACAGCAAUAUUCCGCACUCGCUGGCGUCGAACGAGAACGUCGUCGUGCCGUCGUCCAGGAAGACCUGCGAGCUGUUUGUGAAUAACAGGCGGCAUCCGAACAAGUUGGGAUUGACCUUGGACGUCCUGGCCGGCUUUCCCCAAGGGGAUAUCUGUGAAUGCCAUGUCCAGGCGGAGCAGGAACAGCCGAGCUUGGCGUUAUGUGUGGAGUGGGAUACAACGGGACGCUGAUGCCCGGGCGCUGGUGUUGGCUUCUGAGAGUGAAGAAUGGAGCUAUGACCGCUUGCAGUACAGUGACUCUGACUCUGAAGCAGACUUUCGAACUGUAGUGGUUCCUUCAGUCCCAAGUGCAGUGCCUGUCACUGGAGAGUCCUAUUGUGGAUGUGAUUCCCAGGCUGAAGGCAGUUACAAUUCCCGCCUGCGGGGAUUUCAGAGAGUGAAAGACUGCCACUGUGGAGAGGAUGACCAAGACUUUGACUGGGUCUGGGAUAUCAACGGCCGAUCCACAGCAACGUUAUUAAGCUGCGACAAUCGCAAAGUGAACUUUCACACUGAAUACAGCUGUGGUACAGCAGCCAUCCGUGGCUCGAAGGAGCUGGCUGAUGGGCAGCACUUCUGGGAGAUCAAGAUGACAUCCCCAGUGUAUGGGACAGACAUGAUGGUUGGCAUUGGCACUUCUGAUGUCAACCUGGACAAGUACAAACAUACUUUCUGCAGUUUGCUGGGAAAGGAUGCAGACAGCUGGGGUCUUUCCUACACUGGACUGUUGCAUCACAAAGGAGACAAGACAAACUUCUCUUCCCGAUUUGGCCAGGGAUCCAUCAUUGGAGUACAUCUAGACACCUGGCAUGGAACACUUACUUUCUUUAAGAAUCGCAAGUGCAUUGGUGUUGCUGCCACUGAGUUGCAAAAUAAAAGGUUCUACCCAAUGGCAUGCUCCACGGCAGCUAAAAGCAGCAUGAAGGUAAUCCGAUCCUGCUUUGCAACCACAUCCCUGCAGUACUUGUGCUGUGCCCGCCUGCGCCAGCUGUUACCUGACUGUACAGAUACCCUAGAUGUGUUGCCCCUACCACCAGGCCUUCGUCAAUUGCUCUACAACAAGCUGGGCUGGGUGCUUAGUCUCAAUAAUGGUGCCGCAGAAGAAAGUUCAGAGGGGCCUGAGCCGCCAUCACACAUGCCUGUUUCCCCAUUGGUGGGGCCCUCCUCUGAGAGCGACUCUGAGGGAUGCAGCUCUGACCCCGAGGCCUGUCAAAGGAAGAGAUGUCGCUGGACAUAACUGCCGAUAUGACCAAGAUGCCAGAUGUCCUCCUUUUAAACACUGACAGACUUCAUUCAAGUGUUCUCUCCCUGCCACAUGGUGUCUCCUCACAAACAUGUUAACUCUGUAAUAGUGAAGAGGAAACUCGUAUGGUGUGGCAGAGGGAGUGGUGAGUGGAAGGCAGAAAAAGUGUUGGUAAUUGUUCUACUGGCACAUUUCUUACAUGUUGUUCUCUUAUGCCAUUUGAAAACCAGUUCAUUGUCUUGAUUCUCAUAAUAUACUAGAAGUAUUCGAACUACCUUCAGUAAUCUCUUAAGUGAGAAAAAAUGGGUUAUCUUUUUUUAGUUUUUUUUUUAAUUAUUAGUCAGUUGGUGGUGUUGGCGUUUUGCUUGUCAUUCAUGACGAUGGAGAUAGCGAUGCUGUUUAAAGAUGGAAUUGUGCAAUGUGACAACUGAGGCUUGGAUGUCCAGCCGAAUUUCAGUGCAAAUUAUGGUAUGUAUGCAAAAAGCAUUUGGGAUCAAUGUUUCCUGAAAAAAGAUAGAGCAUAGCUCUACUACUUUCACCUUGUUUUGAAAUAGUGUGUAUUUCUAUCUACUGUGAUGCUGGCAGAGCAUCAUCUAAUUUAUUUGUCAUCCAUAUUAUCAUGGGUAUCAGUAAUUCUUUGAGAUUGCUGAACCAAAAUAUCAGUGGAACACGUUCAUUUUGCAUUAUGUGACACGGACAGGAAGGAAGUGAUGUGUUAUAGGUCAAAUCAUAUUGUUUCUCGCUCUCGGCACUUCCUCUUAAAAAAGACUUAACUUUCAAAAUGUUCAAAUGAUGCAAAGCUUCUGAAACCUUAGAAUAAGACAAAAUUAGUGUUCGUGUACUGUGGAGCUUGUUGUCCUUCUGAAAUUAGCAGUUUCUUGUGUGCUCUGUUUUAUAAUGGGCCUUCCAUCACCUCCAACCAUUUUAUACAUUUCAGGCUAAAUGAAUCUCACAGUCCAAUAUUGUCUGGGUUAGUUUUUCAAGCGGUGCUCACAUGGUUUGUAUAACAUUAGACAUGUUUGCCAGCAGCUUUUGAAAAGCCUAGAAAAUUCAUGAAAGUAGCCAUUUGCUUAUUAGACGGUCUGUAUAAUGUUUAUUUAAAGACUAUACGGUUCAGUAUAACUUAAAAUUCCAAUCAUGAAAUACUACACUGUCAAUCUUCUAUGAGAUUUCUCAGACACGAGAUUGUGAUUUGAUGAUAUCAAGGAAUCUGCUCCAGCUCUAUUACACCUCUUAUUACCUUUUAAAAGUGCAUACUUUUUUUGAUGGAACUGAUCUGAAAUAACAAGAAUAAUCAGAAAAAAAUGAAAUGUGUAACCAAAUUUUUUAAUUUUUUUUAGCAAGGACUGUAUUUCAGUUCACUUAUGGCCUUGUUCCAUUUUACUUUCCAAUCCAUUAAAUGUUCACAAAUCAAAGAAAAACUUGGGGGAAGAGGAAGUUGCCAGACCGGGGUCAACUUGUAUUCACACAUAAUUCUGUGUGUUUACUCCGUCGUGCUUGUCGUGCCAUAUGGGUGGUGUUUACUGCAUCUGGAUUGGUUAAAAUGGUGUCACAUCAGUUGUUAAUCUGAAAUGUACAUUAAACCCAAGGCUCAGCUCAGCGUUUUCGGUUUUUAUUUUUCAAAGCCAUCCAGCAUGCCAAAUUUCGCCACAAGAGGACACUGUUACUUAACCUCACAUGAACAGGAACAAUUUUUGGAUACGUGGAAACUUAAAAUCCAUGUGAAAAUCAGUUUAAAAAUCUGGGUAUUUUUCGGUGAAAAUCGGUAAAAACCGAAAACGCUGAGCCUCAACUAAACCUCAAGUAUUCUCUCUUAUCCUUCAUAUUCUGCUACUCGUUAUGUUGUCCUACGUGGUAAACCCCUACUGACCUGGUACCAAAGUCAGCAAAAGAAAACUGAAACUAUAAAAUGUAUGCGGGAAUACACUUUGACCCAGUUCUGGAGAGACACACAGUAUGCCGUCAGUCACUACAGUGCACAAGUAAUUUGGAAGAGCCUGAGCCAGCGAACCUUUGUACCUCCUCGUGAAGGUUUUGCCUCAGCUGACUAGUACAAACAUUUCAGACACUGUGCAAUCAUGCAUUAUGAGUAGAUCUUCAGGUGGGGGGGGGGGGUGUCAAAGAACUGGCAAUUAUGGCAGCAGUGGUACCAGGAAAUGAUGUACUAGUACCUAUGCUCAAUAUUGAUGUUGUCUGAAAAGGUCUAGCAACAACAAGCAAUGUUUAAUUUCUGUCAUUCAGGCCCCCCAGGCUCUGUGGCUUGAUGGUCGCAUUAGAUGCUUUCAGUUCUGUCAUGUUGUCCAGUUACGUUGUGUGAGCACCUUCCUUGCAAAUCCAGUAAAGAGACUGUUGAGAGGGCAGCUGCUGCGGUAAUCCAACAGAUGUGUGUUUUCACUGUAUAGUUGUCUCUCAUGCUAUGCAUCAAAGCACUUCUUUGCUUACUGAUAAAUUGUACAUAUAAAAGCCUAACGGUUCUUCAAAACCACGUCAUGUUAAUACUAUGUGUGUAGGCCUUUACUUGCCUCUCUGUUUAUCUAAAGCAUGGCCUUUUAAACUGACAAUAAAGCGAUAAAGUGAAAUAUGCAGACAUAGGAGGCUGUAACUGCAGAUGGUCUUAAUAAAUCAAGAAUUAAG